AUGUCGCGAACUCGGAUUCUUGAUCUAGUCAAGACCCAAUGCCGCAUCUUCUCUCUCAACUUCAACCCACAAAGGCUUCGGCUUGGAAACAAGAUCCUUAGACAACGGCUACGAGGACCGGCACUUUCAGCCUGGUACCCGAAAAAGACGGUUUCUUUUAGAGACCUCCAGAAUACAUACAAACCUCUCGGCUUGACGACUUUCGACGAGGCCGAGGAUGACCGAGAGGAAGCUAUUCAAAUUGCGAAAUUGCGCGGAAAGGGCCGACCCAAAAAGAAGAGAACUGCCGCAGAAUCAAAAUCGGCGAAGAAGAAGAGGUAA